AUCCAUUUUCUAUAUCAUUGCAUGGUAUGAGCUCAAAAGGGAAAGAGACCCAAAUAUCAGGUGGACCAUACCGUAGGAAACAGUGGUGAUUGAUCAUUAAAAACUUAUUGUGGGCUACGAAAGUAUUGAAUCAAGGUGAUAUUUAUUUUUAACCCUUCAUCCAGGCUUUGUGUGAUGUGUGACCUUAUCGAAACGUUGCGGAAACAUUACGCGGGCCCAAGGAAAUUUUUAAUGGUGAAUCGUUCAAUCACCACUGUUUCCUGUGAUAUGAUCGACCUGAUAUAUAGAUCUGCAUCACUUUUUGGCUCAUUCCCUGAAAUGAUCUGGCGAAAUGGAUAGACGGCUUGGAUAUAGAAUACAUACAUCAAGGUGGGGCCCACUGUAAGGGCCGCACUGUCGCUCCUGCUACCGCAUCGAUCCAUGCCUUGAAUGGGAAGCUCGAAUGGAGUCCUGGAAUCGGCUUCCAUGGCGGAUUCCUUGAAGAAUCCUCUGCAGGCAGAUGGGUGCUUUUACAUUCUCCCUUUUUACCUACAGCCGAAGAGCAGCCCAACUGGAGAAGAAGAAAAUCUCUCAUCAGCUCACUACGGGUGGCCAGAGUUCUCGUUCCCGCUCCUACAGCACCAUAGCAACGCAAUCCAAGCACCCUCAACAGAAAAUCACUUGUUCGACCGAUCGCGAUUUCCGUCUACGGAACAAGACCAUCUCUCUUUUGAUUCGAAGCGGCCGAUUGAGUGAGGCUAGGCGGGUGUUCGAUGAAAUGCUCCAACGGAAUGUCGUGACGUGGAAUUCGAUGAUUAGUGGGUAUGUAAGACAGAGGGAGAUUUCCAAUGCGAGGAAACUGUUCGAUGCAAUGCCAGAGAGAGACAUUGUGUCGUGGAAUGUUAUGAUAUCGGGAUACGUUUCCUGUUUGGGGAGAGGACAUAUUGAGGAGGGACGGUGGCUGUUCGAUAGAAUGCCGGAGAGAGAUACAGUUUCGUGGAACACUAUGAUAAGUGGAUAUGCACGGAAUGGAAGGAUGGAAGAUGCUUUGAAUCUUUUUCAACGGAUGCCCGGAAGGAAUGUUAUUUCGUGGAAUGCUAUGAUUUCAGGUUUUCUUCAACAUGGAGAUAUUUCCACGGCAAUUGAAAUGUUUGAAAGAAUGCCCACACGAGAUUCGGCUUCUCUGAGUGGGCUAAUUUCAGGUCUUAUUCAGAACCGGAAGUUGGAAGAUGCUGCAGAUGUUUUGCUUAAAAUUGGAAGGGUGGACAGCGCAGAGGAUGCUGUGGACGCUUAUAACACACUGAUUGCUGGGUAUGGGCAGAGUGGAAGGGUUGACGAAGCACGCCAACUGUUUGAUCAAAUCCCUCUCCCACUAUAUCAAGAAAGGGUCAAGAAGCGUGAUUUGAUUCAACGGUUUGAAAGAAACAUAGUCUCAUGGAAUUCUAUGAUCAUGUGCUAUGUGAAAGCUGGCAACAUUAAUUCGGCACGUGAGCUGUUCGAUGAAAUGCCCGAGAGAGAUUUGGUUUCGUGGAAUACCAUGAUCACUGGGUAUGUUCAUGCAUCGGAUUUGGAAGAAGCUGCAUCUCUUUUUCACGAAAUGCCGGAUCCUGACAGCCGAUCAUGGAAUUCCAUGAUCUCCGGUUAUGCACAGAAAGGGGAGUUGGAGCUUGCAAGGGAUUUCUUUGAGAAAAUGCCUCAGAAAAGCCUGGUUUCAUGGAAUUCAAUGAUAGCAGGAUAUGAGCAGAAUGGGGACUAUGAAGGUGCAAUGGGACUCUUCUUUCAAAUGCAAUCAGAUGGCGGGAAACCAGACAAACACACACUGUCUUCAGUGCUCAGCGCAUGUUCAGGGCUUGCGGCGCUCCACCUGGGAAUGCAGAUUCAUCAGCGCAUCUCGAAAACAGUCAUUCCAGAUAUUCCAAUAAAUAAUUCCCUCAUUACCAUGUAUUCUCGGUGUGGGAAUAUAACAGAUGCAAAGGCCAUCUUUGAUGAUAUGCAAAUGCAAAGAGAUGUUGUCUCAUGGAAUGCAAUGAUUGGAGGGUAUGCACAGCAUGGCUUUGCGGGAGAAGCUCUCGAUCUCUUCAGAGAAAUGAAAACACUGAAGGUGCGUCCCACCCACAUCACGUUCAUCUCAGUGCUCAAUGCAUGCACCCAUGCAGGGUUAGUUGCCGAAGGCAGGAGACAGUUUGACUGCAUGGUUCAUGAGUUUGGAAUCUCACCAAGAGUUGAGCAUUUUGCUUCGCUUGUGGAUGUCAUCGGGCGACAUGGGCAGUUGAAAGAUGCCGUGGAGCUAAUUGAGGGAAUGCCAGUUGCACCAGAUAGAGCUGUGUGGGGAGCAUUGCUUGGCGCUUGCAGGGUGCAUAAUAACAUGGAUUUGGCACAGAUUGCAGCAGAGGCAUUGAUGAUAAUUGAGCCUGAGAGCUCUGCACCCUAUGUAUUGCUCCACAACAUGUAUGUGGAUGCAGAUAGAUGGGACGAUGCGACAGAAGUGAGAAUGAUGAUGGAGAGGAAUAAGAUCAGAAAGCAACCAGGCUAUAGUUGGAUUGAGCUGCAUAGCAAAGUCCACGUAUUCACUGCGGGUGAUAGAACGCAUCCCCAUGCAGAUGAGAUUCAUACUUUCGUCGAGAGUUUCUGUAGAGUUAUGAAAGAUUUAGAUUCUGAGAGUGGGCUUACAUUCUUUGUUGAGGGAGAAUCAGAGGAAUAACCAAAAUCAAAUAAAAUAAAAUGUGGCAUAUGCAUGCCAUCAAAUCAUCAUGAAUACUUUGUGGCAAACUCACACCACAAGCCAUGACAUCUCUUGAUUCUCUACAGAGAAGGCUAUUCUCACAAGAAACAGGUCCAAGACAGGUUGAAGGUUGUGGGGAUGAGAUGAACAUCAAACAAGUGUGCACAGAUCUGGUUCCCUCAUGGAGAACCAAAGAAAAGCUUUCCAUGGUAAGAGACUUCUUGGAACAACAAGGAUGCAGGAUGCAAAUGGAAAGAUAGUGUGCAUUGGCAGGUUCCAGCGAUUUGCAGAUGGGUUCGGGUGGAUUCAGGCAGCUUCUGAUCAGGAAUAGUUGUUGAUGUCGUUUGUUGGACAGCAGUGGCAGUUUUUUGGAGAUAGGGUUGUCGGGCUCUGGCACUGAUUGAUCGGGCAAUAGAUGAGGGUAGUGGUGGUUUUCCAGAGAUGGUAGGUCUGUUGGGUUCCGAUGGUGGUCAAUUGGGCAAGAGAUGAGGGUCGUUUUCAGCAGCGACGGACAACAGAUUCUGGUUCUGGCGAGGAGGCAGCACAAACUGUCAUAUCUGCAGCCUUAUUGCUGCAGACAAUUUGCUACGGCAAUGGAUGGAGAGGUUGGAGGUGGCAAUGAACAGACGCCAUAUGCAAGUGGGGGCAGAUCAGAUCAGAUUGGAUCAAAGUUUGAGAUUGAGGGUGGAUGGUCGGAUGGGACGUUAGUUUAGAACUGUGGCUCUGAUACUAUGUUACUCAUAAGAGAAAUUGUGGAAAAAAAUGUUUUUACGUUUCAAUCCAUUUAGAAUGAGAAGAAUAUAUAAUAUAGUUUGGAAAUUUUAACAGA